AUGAUCCUUCCCAAUAUGCAAUUCCUCAUUGUUCUCAGCCUUUUGGCGGCUUCAACUGUGUCGGCUCAAUCAAAAGCCUGGGAAAAAGUAUCGGCAACAUUUAACGAUUUUUUCAAUCCUGGUUUUAAUGAAUGGCAAAAAGAACUAGACCGCCUAUCAGUUAGCAACAAACCCUUAUCGCUAAGUCAACUGGCUGCAUGGAUCGACAUUGUUGGGAGCGGUCAUAUUGAGCUUGCAAGUGCCCUAGAAGACCCUCAACCGUUGCCGCCCAAAGAUAUCAAGGGAAUGUGUGACAAUUUUCCAAGGCUUAUGGACUUGACAGCUGAGAAGUCAAGGGCCACGGGUGCAUUCGGCAUGAUCGUGACGUCCAUUGGGCAAGACAAGUUUCUUGGUAAUGGGCAGAUGAGACACGCCCUACAGCACUUCCAGGGCGGUUUUGAGAAAACCGUGGACAGGCUGAACAAGCACAAGAUUGACUGCAGCGGCACCCUUCCACCCAAAAUCAAGGCGGCCGAGAAGGAGCUGAAAGAGGCCAUUUUGAAAUGGCAGAAGUAG